AUGUUAGCAGACUUGCUAAAGGAAACCAAGGCAACAAUAAAGGAAGGUUUACAAGAAGCUCGAGAAAGGGAAGAAAUAUUCCACAAAUCAUUAGAGGAAGGUUUACAAGAAACUAGAGAAAGGGAAGAAAUAUUCCACAAAUCAUUAGAGAAAGGUUUACAAGAAAUUAGAGAAUCAUUAAAGGAAGAUUUACAAGAAACCAAAGAAAGCUUAGAAAAAUCGUUUAAGGAAACUCUAGCACAAGAGAUCAAAAUAUCGCAAAUGAAGAUAGAAUAUAAUCUGAAGAAGGAAAUGCAGAAGUUACAAGAACGACUGAAGAUGGAUAUCAACGAGAGAGAGAGUAAGCUACAGAAGAGCAUAGACCAAGUCCAGGGAAACGUGGAGAAGAUGGAAGGAAAGUUAACAAAAAAGAUGGAAGAUGAUAUUGAAGAAACUAAAGCCGAAUUGGAAGAAAGGAUCACCGAAGUGGAAACAAAUUGCAAUCAUCGAAUCGCCGAGGUAACGCAGAUGCAGAAACAAUGCAAUGAUGUGGUUAAGGGGAUAGGAGAUAGGCAAAACCAACUGGCUGUCAAUCUGAGAAAUGCUAUAGCCAUGCAACGAGAAGAGGAUAACAAGAGGGUUGCAAUGGAGGUCAGGCAAUUACAACAGGGAGUGCAACAAUUGGAGAGCAAGACAGAAGAAAUUGAUAAACGAAUUAGCAAUGCCACUUUAACCGUUGGGGAAGGAAUAGAUUGGUUGAAUGAAGUUGAUGCAGUAGUGAGUUUUGAUGAAGGUACUAUCAAGGUCAAAGGAAGAGAGGGAGAAGAGAAGAGGUUAAAGUUUGCUGAGGGUAGUGCAAUCAAAGAAGAGGAAGAAUUUAAAAGGAUAAGUUUGUGUUAUGAAGAGGAACCCACAGUAGGAUACAGGGAAGAGGAACUAGAAGAAGAAGUGUUAAUGUUCUUUGAGGGAUUAGCACGAGAGGAUCGACGUAAAGAGGAUAAGAUCAGUAAAAGGUUGGAGGAAAUGACACACCUAGAUGGGGAGAUUAAGAGGAAAUUAGCCACAGUAUUAUACAGGCGUCAUAAGAUGUUGCUGGCAUUGCCGCCAUCACCACCAUCACCACUGCUGCCACCACCACCACCACCACUGUGCUCACCUCUGCCACAGCCAGCAGGAGCUACCUAA